AUUACAUUCAGCAGUCAGUCAGCCGGUCUGCAUCAAAUCAGUCAAUGGACAUUAGAGAACUAUGAAAUCGCGUUAAACCUGAGUUUUAUGAAUUAAACAUCUCCGUGACUGUUAUAUAUAUGUUCUAAAAGGACACUUCUCGCUGGUUUUGAGUGUUUUAGCUGGGCUGUGCUCGUGAUUUCCAGUGAAGAUGUCAGUUGUGGGAUUUGACGUGGGCUACCAGAGCUGUUAUGUUGCUGUCGCUCGCGCCGGUGGAAUAGAAACCGUUGCAAACGAGUACAGCGACCGAUGCACACCGUCGUUUGUAUCGUUCGGUCCUCGGAAUCGGUUGAUUGGGGCAGCCGCCAAAAGCCAGGUGGUCACAAACUGCAAGAACACCGCGCAGAGUUUCAAGCGAUUCCAUGGCAGGGCGUUCAGUGACCCUUAUGUGCAGACGGCAAAGUCCGGCCUGGUCUUCGAUCUCGCUCAGAUGCCGACGGGAACCACCGGCAUUAAGGUCACGUAUAUGGAGGAGGAGAAGGUGUUCAGCAUCGAACAGGUGACGGCCAUGCUUCUGGUCAAGCUGAAGGAGACCGCUGAAGCCGCGCUCAAAAAACCUGUGGCAGACUGUGUCAUUUCUGUCCCCAGCUUCUUCACUGAUGCCGAGAGACGAUCCGUCAUGGACGCGGCGCAGAUCGCUGGCCUGAACUGUCUCAGGCUCAUGAACGACACUACAGCAGUUGCGCUGGCCUAUGGGAUCUACAAACAGGACCUGCCGGCUCCCGAGGAAAAGCCCAGGACUGUGGUGUUUGUGGAUGUUGGGCAUGCUGGUUACCAGGUCUCUGCGUGUGCCUUUAACAAGGGGAAGUUGAAGGUUCUGGGUUCAGCGUUCGACCCUGAGCUGGGAGGUAAAGACUUCGACGAGGUGCUGGUCCAGUACUUCUGUGAGGAGUUUGCUCAGAAGUACAAGCUGGACGUGCGGUCGAAGCCCCGCGCUCUGGUGCGACUCUACCAGGAGUGCGAGAAACUCAAGAAGCUCAUGAGUGCCAACUCCUCCGACCUGCCGCUCAACAUCGAGUGCUUCAUGAAUGACAUCGACGUCAGCAGCAAACUCAACAGAGCCCAGUUUGAGGAGCUGUGUGCGGGGCUGUUGGCCCGGGUGGAGAAUCCUCUGCGCAGCAUCAUGGAACAAACCAGGUUGAAGAAAGAGGACAUCUAUGCGGUGGAGAUCGUCGGCGGCGCCUCCAGGAUUCCAGCCAUCAAAGACAAAAUCAGCAAGUUUUUCGGAAAGGAGCUGAGCAUGACGCUGAACGCGGAUGAAGCCGUGGCCAGAGGAUGUGCACUGCAGUGUGCGAUCCUGUCGCCCGCCUUUAAAGUGCGCGAGUUCUCCAUCACAGACGUGGUCCCGUACCCCAUCUCUCUGAAGUGGACCUCGGCCGCUGAUGAAGGCGUCAGUGAUUGCGAAGUUUUCCCGAAGAACCACGCCGCACCGUUCUCUAAAGUGCUGAGUUUCUACCGGAAGGAGCCCUUCGCUUUGGAGGCCUACUAUAACAAUCCGAAAGAGUUGCCGUAUCCAGAUGCUACCAUAGGCCAGUUUAACGUCCAGAAUGUGGUUCCUCAGCCGUCGGGCGAGAGCUCGAAGGUGAAGGUGAAGGUGCGUGUGAACGUGCACGGGGUGUUCAGUGUGUCCAGCGCCUCCCUGGUGGAGGUCCUGAAAACUGCCGAGGGAGAAGAACCCAUGGAGACGGACACCCCGGCCAAAGAGGACGAGAACAAGAUGCACGUGGAUCAAGAGGCACAGAAGGCUCAAGCUGAUGAACAGAAAGAACAUGCUGACAAGAAAUCAGACACUGAAGACAUGGAGACUGCGCCAGAGGAGAAGACGGGAGACAAACAUGAGAAGAAGAACGAUCAGCCCCCGCAGGCCAAGAAACCCAAAGUGAAAACAAAGACGGUGGAUCUGCCCAUCGAGAGCAGUCUGCAGUGGCAGCUGGCCAGCGACAUGCUCAAUCUGUUCGUGGAGAACGAGGGGAAGAUGAUCAUGCAGGAUAAGCUGGAGAAGGAGAGGAACGAUGCAAAGAACUACGUGGAGGAGUACGUUUAUGAAAUGAGAGACAAACUGCAUGGAGUGCUGGAGAACUUUGUCAGUGAGGCUGAACGGGAUUCUUUCUCCUUAAAACUGGAGGACACUGAAAACUGGUUGUAUGAAGAAGGAGAGGACCAGCAGAAGCAAGUGUACAUUGAUAAACUGGCCGAGUUGAAGAAACUGGGAGAGCCUAUUCAAACCCGAUACUUCGAGAACGAGGAGCGGCCUAAAGCGCUGGAAGAGCUCGGACGGCAAGUCCAGCAGUACAUGAAAGUUGUAGAGGCUUAUAAGGCAAAGGAUGAGCUGUAUGAUCACCUGGAGGAGCUGGAGGUCAUGAAGGUGGAGAAGCAGGUGAAUGAAGCCAUGACCUGGAUGAACAACAAGAUGAACCUGCAGAGCAAACAGAGUCUUAGCCAGGACCCGGCGGUUAAAGCCCACGAGAUUCAGGCCAAAACCAAGGAGCUGUAUUCUUCUUGUAAUCAUAUCGUCAGCAAACCGAAGCCCAAAGUGGAGCUUCCGAAGGAGACGGCGGCCGAACAGAACGGUCCCGUUAACGGACAGGAGGCUUCAGAGACCCAGCCGGAGAAGAGCCGAGUCCCGGAGACGCCGGACGCCAAACUCCCCGAGAUGGACAUUGACUAACUCCUCUUAUAAGCCUCUGCGCUCCCAUUAAACACAUUACCCAAUCCAGCAAAUGCUCUCUUGCUCUUGGUGGCAUGUUUCUUUCUUUUGUGUUUCACUGUUUAAAAACAGGAUACAUGGAGAUCCGAUAUUUUUUGUAACAUGUAACAUGUAUAGGAGGAGAACUUGUCUUUGUUGCUCCCGUGUCCUGGAAUAAAAACAGGCAUUGGGGAUUAUAAAGUGAGAUGAGCUUGUUUAGUGAAAAAACAUGUUUCUGUUCUAUUCUACUAUUGGACGAGUUUAUUUGCAUUGAAACUUAGUUGCGAUUCUUGAAGUUUACGACCAACCGAAGCACUGAAACCGAGGAGGAAGACCUGCGGACUCGAGGCAGAGGCGACGCGCUGCGCUGUGUGUUGAAGUAGAGUUACUGUUAUGCAGUAUUUGGUUGUGAGAGGUGUGUCAUUCUGUGGCCAGUUUUUGGGUUUAGCCAUGUUUGUUUUACUUUUCUACUCUGCAACCUGUAUAAAUGAGGGAGACCACGAUUUGGUGUCCAUCCAGUCAUAAAUGAUGAGAACUAUAAAUAAAUCAUUCGAUUUGGUAUACAGACAAGGAUUUAUUGGAAUGCAUAACUCUUAUGAGAUAUUGGAUGUACAUAUUGGUUCUCUGUUUGUGUGAUUUAUUAUUAAGUACUGCAUUAUUGAUACUUAAGUACAUUUUCAUUGUCACUGAAUUAGUAUGUUUUUUGCUGAUUUUAUAAAAGUAUUGUAAAAUAAAUAAAACGGUGGACGAGUGAUA